AUGGUGUCGCUGCACCCUUGUCGGCCAGCUGACAUCGACGACCUUAUUCGGCGGAUUCAAGACCCAAAACGAGACGAAAAUGAGAAGAAAGCGUUGAAAACACUGGUAGCACGGAUGGUCCAGCGGUUUUGCGAUCACCCACAACCCAGUUACUAUAUAGAGGCAUCCCGGCUAUCGGAACUGGGGGUUGUUGACAAGGAGCAGUACAAAGAUCUAAUGACAGUGUUCUUGAAUAAGAUCAUCAACAAAUCCUCGGAAGGAAAUAUCCUCCAUCGCGAUCUCCUGCCCGUCUACAACUACGGCCUCCGCCGUCACCAAGGCCGGGCACCUGGCGGCUUUCUGGUCGCACCCCUUGUGGCUCUGUCGAACCGGCUAAAACGGGCCGUCCAGCAACCAGAUCUCCAUGCCCAAUAUCACUAUGUCUUCAUUCUGGGAGCACUGCUCGAGAUAGCAGGGGACCUCAAGGUCUCUGGGCUUGAUCACGACUCCGUUCACCAACCACUUUGUGAACAGUUGCGCGAUCUGAGAAAGCACGACGAACCACGUCUAGCGCAGGUAGCCAGUUUCGCAUAUCAAGCGUUACGGGGUGUGCCCGACAAUCUAGGGCCAUGGGAUGUAUUCUGGAGAACUAGUGGUGCCGUCCUUUCUACUACGGCGAAAAUUUUGAGCGCCGUCCCGAAUAUGGACCCAGACAAGUUUGUACAAGCUGCACCGGAUUUUUUUGAGAUGGUUAAGCUAUUCAGCAACGUAUUGGAGUCUAUCAUAGACAUUCAGGACAGUGCCAAAAAGCUUCGAAUCGCCUUUUUGGAAGACAUGGAAAAAUCUAAUAAGACACGAGUCUGGUAUGAUGUCCUUCAUUUUACCGGGCCCUUUCUGGUUGCCGGGGAGCAAUCGCCUGACGCGGCGGCCAAGGCAUUCGUAAUUCUAGAGGAUAUACUCGCUCAAAGCUCUAGAUUUGGAGACAAGUGGCAAUUCUGGUGCGGGCUGUAUUGCCAGCUAGAGCAGUCUUGGAUAAAUGGAAAUGAGGAUAUGAAAAACCAUGUGGUCAGGUUCGUUGAAGCAACAUUUUUGCAGAAGUCACUACAAAACAAUAGGGCCAACGACAUACGUGUCCAGGGGUGGAUCGACCUCAUUUCAAACACUUUCAACCACCCGGAAUGGACAAUACAAGACUCAAAACACCGACAAAGGUCCCCAUUACGGUUUAGGAAAAAAGAAAAAAUCAUAUUAAAGCUACGACAUCCUUUUCAACAGCUCAAACAAGAUCACCCCCCUGAGAAACUGUUUGAAGACACCUGGAAAACCUGUUAUGAGGCACAUGAAUUUUAUGCUGAUGCUAGAGUUCUCGCAUACUACAUGGAAGAAGACCGUUUGAUGAUACAGAGACUAUCAGGUAGUACGCUGGACAUGGGAAGUUGCUAUAUCAAUCUCAGUGUAAUAGAGAGCGUAGUGCUCCCCAAGAAAUCCCCGGAAGGCUUUAGCAUAUCCCACAGACAGCGGCUGGGGGUCUCCGCGACAGAUAAUGUAAAGGACAUCCAGCUACAUGAAUUAUUUCAAGAACGAAGCCUACGAGACAACCGCACUGGCAGGCCAAAACGAAUUCUUAUUCGGGGCUAUCCGGGGGUUGGGAAAACUACUUUGUGCAAGAAGAUUAUUCAUGAUUUUGUCCAUGGCCAGCUACCCUGGGACUUUGACCGCAUAAUUUGGAUACCCUUACGGGAACUGCAACACCAAUCCAGCUUGGAGGAUUUUCUUGAGCAAAAGUUUUUUGCAUUUCAGCCGGAGCAAAAGCUUCUACAUGGUGCAUUGAAGAAAAUACUAUUUGCACAAUCAGAUUCCCGCACUCUCUAUCUUCUGGACGGUUUUGAUGAAAUCGCCCGGGAUGUGAGCACCGAGAAGGAGAAGAAGCUGAGGAAGAUGUUUGGGUUUUUACGAGGUUGCGAAAACAUGAUCAUUACCUCGAGGCCGUUUGCAGUCAACCCAUCAACAUUCGGGAAUCUUGAUCUUGAAUUGGAGACAGUUGGAUUUCACGCCGAUCAAGUACAACAAUAUCUGUCCCAAUCUGGGAAUCAAGGGGAAAUCUCUGCUUCUCAAAUGGAUCAAAUCAACGGUUUCAUUGACGACCAUUGGCUGAUACAGGGCCUAUAUCGAAUUCCUAUUCUUCUGGACGCCUUGUGUUAUACCUGGGGAAACGGGCUGUCUUCAGAGAGUGUGAACACAAUGACGGCGCUAUACCAAGCUAUCGAGCUGAAGCUUUGGAGGCGCGACAUGGUUCAACUCGGGAAGCUCAGUCAGCUCGAUGCUGACAAUUGUCAUAGUAGGAUGCAAAUUAAGAAACAUAUGAAGACCUCCAUGGAGUUGAUAGAAGAGAUUGCAUUCAACGGUCUCUACAAUUCUAUCAUCUUUUUCUCGACCGCUCAGCUGCAAUGCCUCUAUGACAACCUCCCCGGGAGGGAUGAAGAAUCCAACUCUACGAUAAUGAGACACUCUUUCUUUCGUACAGCGGGUGAUGUAGGACCGCACCAGACACAGACCUUUUAUUUUAUGCACUCGACGUUUCAAGAAUUCUUCGCGGCAAAUUAUUUUGUGCGGUGCUGGAUAAAUAAUAAAAAGCUUGCCUGCGUGUCAUUGGAAUCAGCAGAAUUAGAUGAACGCUCUUCUGAAGAAUUUUUACAGCGCUGGAAGUACAGCGGGAGAUACAAGAUCCUGUGGCGAUUCGUUUCAGGGUUGCUAUGCAUGUCGAAGAACUCACAGAAAUUGGUUGACUUUAUGAGUGUCCUGGACGGAGAACCUAGGGAUCUACUUGGUCCAGCGCAUAUACGGAUCCUCAUGCAAUGUUUCAGUGAGAUUGCAGUUCCGGAUAGCGAGCUCGCCCUGGAAAAGAUCAAAGCUCGGAUGGAGAGCAUGCUACCUCGGCUAGUUUCGAGCUCGUUAGCUUACGAGAUGGAAUUCCCAGAGAAUAUCCUACAAGACGCUUUAGUAAACGGAACUCCAAAGCAGAAGAUGGGAGUUUUGCAAGCAUUACUGCAUCGUGCCCAAGUCUCUUCAAGCCUCCUGCAAUGGGUAAUGAAUUGUUACCUUGAAGGCUCUUUGUCUCAACUCAGGACCGAAGAAUCUAUUGCUUCCGUUUUUGCUCGACACUACGAUAAAUGGCCAACAAAGACUGACGAGCUUCUGGAUUCCAAGGAUUUAAACGUUGAAAUGCGGAUUUCAAUAUUGAAAAAAUUACCGCGCAAGAUAAAAUUAUCAGAUAGCAUUCUUCUUUCAAUGAUUGGAGAGUUUGCAAAUUGGGGUCGCGCUGGAACCCUAAAUAACCCUGCGGAAGUCAUAUCACGACAAUCCUCGCUAUCGGAGGAAAUUCUAUCUAAGAUUUUUGCCUUAUUAGAAAUUGGGAGUGCCAGUGAAAAGCGCUGCGCUAUCUGGAGUCUCUUAGGCCAACUUUCAAACGAAAACGAUGUUUUAUCUAAGUUGCUGGCUUUGCAAGCUGAAGACGAUUCGGUUGUGAGAUGUGAAGUAGCUAAGGCGCUAGGCCUCACUACUGAUCAACCGGAGGCUUUGGAGUCCUUGCUCAAACUGCUACGGGACAAAGAUGACAGUGUGAGAAUAAGUGCAGCGAGUUCGCUGGAAAUGCAGCAUAAUCUGCCCGUGCAUGUCUUGGAUGCUCUGGACGAUGCAAUAGAGGACGAAAACAUGAUUGUCAGGGGAAUAGUGAUAUCAAUCUGGAGUAGACAGGACUUCUCAACAACAAGGCUAAGGAAGACGCUAUUCUAUUGCCUCAGUAGCUCUAUCGAACACCAAUUGGUUAGAUGCUUUUCUAGGCUAUCACCGCUAGGAGAAGACAUUAUAUCGUCUCUAAUAAUGGAAGUGAAAGGCAAAAACAGGAGCAGGCAGAUGGGUGCUCUUGCCGUGUUAUCGACGCAAAAAGACUUAAGUGGUGAGAUACUAAAAGAGUUACUACCAUUUCUUCAGGUCGAAACGGAUCAUUCGGUACAUGCGCGUGCCUGUGAAGUAUUUAAACGCCAGACCGUAUUGCCGGACUUUGCUAUACAGGUAUUGAUACCUCAGUUGGAGAGCAAAGACAAAUACAUAAGAUCUGCGGCCAUCAAGACAUUGGCAAACUGUCGAACUUUACCAGAGACUGCCCUCAGGGAAUCGCUGUAUGAACUUGGUCUUUGGUCGUUCUCUGGCCCACUGAAUCCGACUGGAAUUUUGCUACACAAUCAAGACAACCUACCGAUUGAAAUUCUUCAGAAAAUAAUAUACUUUCUCCGAGACUGGGGAUAUAAGGAUGAAGUUCUUGGGCCCCACACAGAGAGAAUCCUCAGAAAUCGGACUGAGUUUUACGCGAUGCUGCCAAACCAGGAUAAGAAAGUUUGGGAGUCGCUAUUCCGAGUAUGGUUUCACUAUAGCCUCCAUGAAGAAGAUUGGAGUUGCUAUCGUUGCCAAGAUUCUAUCUAUCUAGCCACGCCGCAAGGACUUCACGAAAUCCCUCUAAGCACCAAAUCCUCCCAGCAGAAACUUGAAAUUGGAGUCAAAGCCGUGAAGGAUGAGAUGUAUGGCAUUAAUCCUGUGGAUACAGACACGCUGAGUGAUCGGGUUCGAUCGGGGUUCACUGGGCUAGUCGGGCUAGUUGUUGACUCUCUUUAA